UCUGAGCCAUAACGCAUCAAGUUCUCAGUGCUCACGCUCGCUGACCGCUGUGUAUAGUGUAUAUACUGUUUGUGUCGUUCGUCUCGCUUCAUUCCUCGUGCGGUAGUCUUUAGUUGUAGCAAUCAAGCAUUAAAGAUAACCUUAUUUUGUUUUGACUCAGUUUUAACCAAGUAAUCGAGCAAUUUUACUUGAAUUAUUCAUAAUUAUACAUCAAAUCCGAUAAUAAAUAUAUUUCAUUAAUAUGGCGCACUUGAACACCGAACCUACUGAAGAAGAUGCCGCUGAUUUGCAAUUUCCCAAAGACCUCAGCAAUGUUGAUCAGAGCAUUGUAAGACACCAGAUAGUAACUACCAAAUUAGAGGAUUCAGUCGCAGAAAAUAAGUGUUUUAUCUGCGAUCAAAUACUCUGCGAACCAUAUAUACGUUGUGCAGUUUGUGAAAUCAUAUUUUUGUGUAAAACUUGUUUCUGCAGUGGACGAGAAAAACUUUGUCAUACGAAUAAUCAUGAUUAUGUUAUAAUUAAAAAUAACUUUUCAUUGUUCCAAAACUCAAAUUGGAAUGCAAAAGAAGAGAUUAAGUUUUUAAAUUUAUUAUUAAAAUUUGGUUACGGUAAUUGGACAGAUAUAUCUCUUGGAUUAUUAAAUAAGACUCCAGAAGAAUGUGAAAAACAUUAUUUAAAGUAUUACCUUACCAAUUCAUGUGUUGCACAGCUACCAAAAUUCAAUAGUUUUGUUUACUCUUAUGCAGAAGUGUGUACUUAUUCGUCUAACCACAAAAACACGAUUGAUCCACCAAGAUAUACUGAAACAGAAACUAACUAUAAAUUGAUCGCUGGAUAUAAUCCUGUCAGAUCAGAUUUUGAAAUAAAUUUUGAUAAUCAUGCAGAAAUGAUACUUAACAAUUUGUCCGCAAGAAAUAAUCUUACUAAUGAUAAAUGUUUGAAUGAACGUAUACAUCUUGCCAUGAUUGAAAUUUAUAACAGAAGAUUAAAAAGUAGAAAAAAAAGAGAGCGAAUUAUUAGAAAUCAUGGAUUAAUCUCAAUAAAGAAAAAAAAUAUGUGUUUUGAUCGAUAUAGUUCUUUUAUAGACAAGCAACUAGUCAAAAGACUUCAUAUUUUCUCUCAGUUCUUCAAUGGCAUAAAUUACGAUUCGUUAAUGGAAACUUUUUAUCGCAUCGGUGAAUUGAAACAAAAAAUGCAUACUUUAUUUAAAUAUAGAUCAAUUGGAGUAAAAAGUUUAGAUGAAAUAUAUGUUUACACUGAAGUAUCAAAGAUUAAAAAUUCUUCGUCAAAAAUAUUGAGCCAGUAUACUAAUGCAUCAGAAUUGAAAAACGUUCAGAAAUUUUCGUUAACUUCCGUACCAAAAAAACGUCAAACUCAACAGCCUAUAAACUUAUAUCCCAAUAUGCCUGGAUAUGAAAAAUUGUCAGAAAAAGAAAAAGAACUCUGUGCAAUUUUAAGACUUGUACCGAAAUCAUUCAUAGAUCACAAGCAUUUGCUUAUAACUGAAUAUAAUAAGUUUGGAAAAGUUACGUUAUCUCAAGCUAGGCAUCUGUUAAAAAUUGAUGUCAAUAAAACCAAAAAAAUUUUUGAAUAUUUUUCCAAAGAAGGUUGGAUAAAUAGAUUGUAGUCAAGGGUUUUUA